AUGACCUUGAAAUUUAGCGCCAAACUCAUUAAACAUAAUUUAAAUCCAAGCAUUUGUAUUUAUAAACGUAAUUCAAGUAAAGUUUUCUUUAAAAUGUCUUGUGGUGAUUGUAGAAAUGUGGAAAUUAAAGCUAAACUUUGUGAUGAAAAUGAAUUUAAUGAAAAAGUGAACAUUGCUAAAAAACUGACUGGAAAAAUUGAGGCUGAGUUGAUAAAACAACAUGAUGUUUUUUUUAAAGUCACAAAAGGUAGAUUGAAGUUACGGUAUGAAGAAGGAAAUAAAGCAAAGUUGGUACAAUAUGAUCGAGAUAAUGUCCAAGGACCAAAGUUGUCGAAAUUCAAUAUUUUGGAAGUUGAGAAUGGGAGCUUAAUGGAGAAGAUUUUAAAUGAAUCGAUUGGAACUCUUGGAAUCCUUGACAAGACACGACAUCUUUUUAUGUAUGAUCGUUCAAGAAUUCACUUAGAUGUUGUGAAAAAUAAGGGCUCAAAUUAUUAUGGACUUGAAUUUGAAGUUAUGAUGAGACCUGAUGAGGAUAUUGAAAUUGGUAAUAAAGUUGCUGCUGAUUUAAUUAAGACUUUUGAAUUAAGAGACAACCAACUGAUGGAAGGAUCAUAUUUUGAAAUUUUGAAUUCCUAA